AUGGGAUCGGUUGGUUACAAGGUGACGGAUGGGCUCUAUGCCCAUCCGUUGAUCUCAGAGAGAGCAAUUGAUGAGCCGAGGCCACUCAAAGUCAUUUAUAUUGGUGCUGGCGUCUCUGGAAUUUGUGCCGCCAUACAGUUUCCUCGAUUCUUACCGACUGUGGAGCUCGCCAUCUAUGAGAAGAACGCCGACGUGGGGGGUACUUGGUAUGAGAAUAGAUAUCCUGGAUGCGCCUGUGAUAUCCCUGCUCAUGCGUAUCAACUGAGCUUCGAGUCAGAAGUGCAUUGGAGCAAAUUCUAUGCUGACGCCCCAGAAAUUCUUCAAUACUGGAAACGAGUUGCCGACAAAUACGAUGUCAAGAAAUAUAUGAAGUUUGGCCACAAGUGCAUCGAAGCUCGAUGGAACGAGGAAACCUCGAAAUGGCACGUGAAGUUCCAGAGAUUAGAUACCGGCGAGGUCGUUGAAGACGUCGGCGACGUCUUCAUGACCGGCGUUGGUGCUCUCAACGAGUGGAAAUGGCCAGACAUCAAAGGCCUGCACGACUUCAAGGGCAAGCUGCUCCACAGCGCAGACUGGGACUCGAGUUACGAUAUCUCAGGCAAAGAGAUUGCAGUCAUCGGCGCCGGCAGCAGUGGUAUUCAGAUCGUUGCCACCCUGCAGCCCAAAGUCAAAUCCAUGGACCACUAUGUGCGUGGCCGGACGUGGAUCGCUGCGACGUUUGGUAACGAGCUUGUCCGGUCCCGUAACGACGGAAAGGAUGGGAACUUUAACUAUACGCGAGAGGAAAUGGAGGCUUGGGAAAAGGACCCUAAAUCUUACGUCCAAUAUCGCAAAGCGCUUGAAGUUGGUAUGCAGGGCGGCUUUGCUCUCACACACAAAGGGACGAAAGAGCACGAGGGUGCGUGGUCAUUAUUUAACCAGGACAUGAGGAAGCGGCUGGAGAAGAAGCCAGAGAUUGCCGAACAUCUCAUCCCAGACUUUCCACCUCUCUGCAAGCGACUGACUCCCGGUCCUGGCUAUCUUGAAGCCUUGGUCGCUGACAAUGUUGACGUGAUCGCGACCAGGAUUUCACAUGUCGACGAGACUGGCAUCGUGACGACGGACGGCAAGCAUCGACCGGUGGAAGCGAUCGUCUGUGCCACCGGAUUUGACACGUCUUUCCAGGGUCGAUUUCCUAUCUAUGGACGUGGCGGCGUCAACCUCCAGGAUCGCUACAAAGAGCGCCCCGAAACGUACCUCAGUGUGUGCACCGACCACUUCCCGAAUUUCUUCCAGUCCUUUGGUCCCAACGCCGGUCUCGGCAACGGUAAUCUCCUGAUCAUCAUCGAAGCCAUCGCCAACUAUGUCGGGCAGAUUCUCCAGAGACUAGGACAAGGAAACACUAAGACGAUUGAGCCCAAGCGGAAAGCAGUAGAGAACUUUACAAAUUAUUGUGAAGCCUUUUUCGAACGGACGGUCUUCUCAGCUGAAUGUGGGAGUUGGUACAAGUCAUCGCCACCCAACGCGACUCCGGAAGAACGAAGACGAGGCCGGGUAACGGCGUUAUGGCCCGGCAGCAGUAUUCAUGCUGUCAAGGCGCUUGAGAAGGUGAGAUUCGACGACUUUGAAAUGACUGCAGCCGAUGGAAAUGAGUUUGGAUGGUUCGGCGACGGAUGGGCGUCCGCGGAGAGAACGGGAGAUGUGGAGGGCUUGACGUGGUAUCUGAACAACACAAGCUUCACACACGAACCAUUGGAAAAGGGCGAGACAUUGAAGGUGACCGAGGACAAGGUGGUGAUUAACGGGGAUGCAGAGGGUGUCGAGAAGGGCGAGAUUGUAAAGGAGAUGCGAGUGCCUGACGGGGUUGCUGCGACGUAG